AGGCGCGUUGCGCUCAGUGUGAGGCGAGCCACCGAGCGGUGAGGUAGUAGGAGCGGAGGAGAGACCGUUAGUGCGCCACUCCCGCCUUCGGUGCCUGAUUAGGCUAUCCCCGUCUUGCGCUCUAGCUGCAGUCACCGUCGCCAGGCCCGGCACAAGCCACCAUGGCUGAUCAACUGACAGAGGAGCAGAUUGCAGAAUUCAAGGAAGCCUUUUCACUAUUUGACAAGGAUGGAGAUGGUACUAUAACGACGAAAGAAUUGGGGACAGUGAUGAGGUCACUUGGGCAGAAUCCAACAGAGGCUGAACUACAGGAUAUGAUCAAUGAAGUAGAUGCAGAUGGCAAUGGGACAAUUGACUUCCCAGAAUUUUUGACAAUGAUGGCAAGAAAAAUGAAGGAUACAGACAGUGAAGAGGAAAUUAGAGAAGCAUUCCGUGUAUUUGAUAAGGAUGGUAAUGGUUAUAUUAGUGCUGCAGAACUCCGCCAUGUGAUGACAAAUCUUGGAGAGAAGUUAACAGAUGAAGAAGUUGAUGAGAUGAUUAGAGAAGCAGAUAUUGAUGGUGAUGGUCAAGUAAACUAUGAAGAGUUUGUACAAAUGAUGACAGCAAAGUGAAGACACUGUACAGAAUGUGUUAAAUUUCUUGUACAAAUUGUUUAUUUGCCUUUUUUCUCUGUUUGUAACUUAUCUGUAAAAGGUUUUUCCCCCUACUGUCAAGAAAAUAUGCAUGUAUAGUAACAAACUCAUUCCUCCAUGUUUUCCCCUUUAUCUGUCAUCCUGAUAUUUUGGGAAAAUGAUCAAAGUAACAAAUGUUUGCAUGUGGCUUACUCUGGAUAUUUAAGCCCUUCAGCACUUCUAAAGCUAGAUGGUGUUGGUCAAAUGAGGGAACAUCUAGGUUAUGCCUGUUUAAAAAUUAGUUCUUUUAGGAAACUUAGCAUGUUGUUGAAAUGUAGUCUUAACUCUGUGUGGACUAUGGACAGUCAACAAUAUGGAACUUAAAAGUUUGCACUAUUGCAAAACGGGUGUAUUAUCCAGGUACUCGUACACUAUUUUUUUUUGUACUGCUGGUUCUGUACCAGAAGACAUUUUCUUCUAUGGUUACUAUGCUUUUAAAACUUUUGUUCAGCCACUUAUUUUCAAAAGAAUCUGCUUAUGGCACAACUUGCCUCAAAUCCAUUCCAAGUUGUAUAUUUGUUUUCCAAUAAAAAAUUACAAUUAACCCA